AAAAAUACAUAGGAAGUAUUUAGUACUCUCUCUCUCUCUCCCCCCAAUUAUUUUAUCAUUUCAACAAAAAGAUCAACUCCUUAUAGUCUUAGACAAAAAAAAGUCUCAUUUUCAGUUUCAGCUCACGGAGCAGAGCUUACCGUCUCUUGAAAUGAGCUUCUCUGCCUUCUUCAACUUAGGGUGUCUUCUACGAAUGACACACUGGUUCAAUAUUUCUUCAGUACUCUAGGAGAUUUUGCAGAACUCUUGGGUUUUUAUUGACAUUUAUGGAUUUUGGGGUGGUGGGUUUAGAUGGGUUGGUGGGUUCAGACACCACCAGUAGUAGUUUUGCUUCUCUUGCUUCAGAUCCUGAGACAAAGCAUAAGUGGUACGGAUCUGGGCUGAGCAAGCAAGAAAGAUCUGGUACUGCCAUUGAAGAUGAUUGGAGGAGCUCAAAACUGGUCAAAACUGAUCAAGAUUUCUCAUCUUCCAAGCCACAACAGCAGCAGAUGCUGAGUUUCUCUUCCCCCCAAACUGAAGCUUUCUCUUUUGGGAGGACUUCACAAAAUGCAACUACAUUGCCUUACUUUCAACUCACUUCUUCUCCUGCUUAUAAUAGAAAUACAGGUUACAGUGCUUUGGGAUACAAUGGUGCAAAUAUGCAUGGGGUUCUAGCUGGGGUUAGAGGGCCAUUUACCCCAUCUCAAUGGAUGGAGCUGGAACAUCAGGCUCUGAUCUACAAAUACAUUACUGCAAAUGUGUCUGUCCCUUCCAAUCUGCUUAUACCCAUAAGAAAAGCCCUUGAAUCUGCUGGGUUCUCAAGCUUUUCAGGUGGCCUUCUCAGACCCAAUGCAUUGGGAUGGGGAACUUUCCAUUUGGGAUUCUCGAACAACACUGACCCUGAGCCUGGACGGUGUAGGAGGACAGAUGGGAAGAAAUGGCGGUGCUCUAGAGAUGCAGUUGCCGACCAGAAAUACUGUGAGCGGCACAUUAACAGGGGCCGCCAUCGUUCAAGAAAGCCUGUGGAAGGCCAGACUGGCCAUUCCGUUGCUGCAACCACUAACAUUACGAAGCUCACACCCACGACUGCCUCCUCUUCGGUGGUGGUGGGGUCUAAUGGCAGCGGCACACCUAACGGUCUAGCAGUUGUGAGCCAACUGCAGCUCAAAAACUUGCAGCCCGGUGCACCUACUCUCUCUGCUGCAACUCCUUUUAACAGGACAUAUCCGAACAAAGAAAAGGUGGGUGACCAAAUGCAAGGUAACUCAGGCCUCUCCAUGCUAUCCGCUCCUGUUGAUCUCAAGUCUAAAGAAAAUCCAUUUUUGAUUUCGAGACAACAAACCUCGUAUGAAGGAUCACAAACUGAAUUUGGACUUGUCACCUCCAACUCCCUUCUGAACCCUUCAAAUGAAGGAUCUUCCUUAAUGAGCUGCACAAGUUUUGGUUCUUCUCAAGCAUUGGCCGACAAAAGCAGCGAAUCCCAACGUUCCCUUCAUCAAUUCAUGGAUGAUUGGCCUAAAAACCAGUCUGAUCGUUCUUCGAUUACCUGGCCUGCAUUUGAUGUGCAAUCAGAUAGAACACAGCUCUCUAUUUCUAUCCCCAUGGCUUCAGAUUUCACAUCCUCAACUUCGUCUCCUAAUAAUGAGAAAGUUACUCUUUCUCCUCUCAGAUUAUCACGAGAGUUCGACCCAAUACAGAUGGGAUUAGGAGUUGGUACUGUCCUUCAUGAACAAAACAUUAGGCAAGCAAAUUGGAUUCCCAUAUCGUGGGAAUCUUCCAUGGGAGGACCACUUGGAGAGGUUUUGCACCAUACCAGUAACAGUGCUGCUGACAGCAAGAAUUCAUCAGCACUUAACCUUAUGACCGAGGGCUGGGACAGCAGUCCUCGGAUGGGAUCAUCUCCUACUGGGGUGCUGCAAAGGACAACAUUCAAUUCACUUUCUAAUAGCAGUGCGGGGAGCAGCCCAAGAACUGAGAUCAACAACAAGACCGAACGAACUAACAUGUCUAAUGACCUUAUUGGCUCCACUGUUUUGCACUCAAUGCCAGCCAUGUAACCCUUUCUGACCUACCAAGAAAUCUCUUGCAGAAGAUAAGCUUAAUUAUUCGUGCCUUUUAAUCCGUUUGCUAAACAUGAAACAAUUAGCUUUGGAGUUGUUUUGUUUUUCCAGAAUUUUAUUUUGAGCUUAAUUUUAUAUUAUGUAUCUCCUCC